UCAAAAGUCGUGCGGGUUCCGAAAGCCGCCCAACAGCCCUCUUGUCAAACUUUUCUUUGUAUCAGGGUUUAUUAUUUCACAAAACCCUAGUUCUCACUUCCCCAAUCCAAAUUUCUGAAAAUCAGGAAUGAAUAUGAAGCACUUAAUUUCCAAACAAACUAUCAACAGUCUGUCAAAACUCAAUGGUACCAUAAGAAUUCUAUCUCAAUACCCCCAUUUUCAUCAGAAUGCUCCAAUCACUACAUCCUCCAUUACACCUUCUAUCUGUUCGACGAAGUGUCGCACUGAUCUUUUCCAACCCCAAAAUCCAAAAUUUGGAAAAAUGGAAUCUUGGGGCAGUAAAAGAUUCGUUCACACAGCUGAAGAAAUGGUAAGCGAGUCAGAAACCGAGUCAGAGGAUGAUGCCACAAUGAACGAUUUCCUGUCAAGAUUUGUUUGGAUAAUGCGUGGAAAGCUGGUUGAAGUGUAUCCAGAUUUUGAGAAGAAAACAAUUGAUGGGAUGCUUUUGGUUAUUGUGGGGAAGGUUGUAUCUGAGCUGGAAAAGGGUGGUUUUGAUCAGAUGAUGGGGUCUGCAGUGGCGGCAUCAGAAGAUUUUAGUGAGGAUUUAUGGAAGACAGUGUGGGAGGUGAGCAAUGUGGUGUUGGAAGAUAUGGAGAAAGCAAAAAGGAAGGAGAAAAUGAAGAACUUUCUUCAAGCUGAGGAAGUUAAGGAGAUGUGUAGGUUUGCUGGUGAAGUGGGUAUACGUGGAGACAUGCUUAGGGAGUAUAGGUUCAAAUGGGCACGUGAGAAGAUGGAGGAGAGUGAGUUUUAUCAGAAUCUUGAACGUCUUAAGGAAGAGGAAGAAAAAUCAGCUCAAGAAGGGAGCUCAUAUGGUGGUAUUGGGGCCAUGGCCGUGGAGCAGGACAGUGUUGGCGCAGAGGAGGAGCCUAAAGUUGUGUCUCUUCCGAAAAGGCGUGGGAAGCUUAACUACAAGAUUUAUGGACUUGAUUUGUCCAAUUCAAAAUGGUCUGAAGUGGCUGAUAAGAUUCAUGAAGCUGAAAAAAUCAUAUGGCCUCAAGAACCAAAACCAAUAGCUGGCAAGUGCAAAAUUGUUACUGACAAAAUCCUUGCUUCACAAAAGGAAGAUGAUGCCUCUCUACUUCUAGCUGAGUGGGUAGAACUUCUCCAACCUACCAGGGUAGACUGGAUCAAUUUACUUGAUAGAUUGAAGGAACGAAAUCCUCAUCUAUAUUUGAAGAUUGCAGAACAUGUGCUUGGUGAAGAGUCCUUCCAAACAAACAUACGUGACUACUCCAAACUCAUUGAUGCCCAUGCUAGAGACAACCGCCUAGCAGAUGCUGAAAGAAUUAUCAAAAAGAUGAGUGAAAAUGGAAUUGUACCUGAUAUUCUCACAUCAACAACCAUGGUUCACAUGUACAGUAAAGCAGGUGAUUUGGAUCAGGCAAAAGCUGCAUUCGAAAGCAUGAGAACUCAAGGAUUCCUACCAGACAUGGGAGUUUACAAUUCCAUGAUCUUAGCCUAUGUAAAUGCUGGCGAACCAAAGUUGGGUGAAUCAUUGAUGAGGGAAAUGGAGGCAAGAGACAUCAAGCCCUCUAAGGAGAUCUUUAUGGCCCUACUAAGGUCAUUUGCUCAGCGUGGUGAUGUUAAUGGAGCCCAAAGAAUAGCAACUACAAUGCAGUUUUCAGGGUUUCAGCCCACUUUAGAGUCAUGUACAUUACUUGUUGAGGCAUUUGGCAAAGCUGGUGACCCUGAUCAGGCAAGGCAUAAUUUUGAUUACAUGAUUAAACUUGGGCACAAGCCAGAUGAUAGAUGCACUGCUAGCAUGAUAGCAGCUUAUGAGAAGAAGAACCUAUUGGAUAAAGCCUUAAAUCUUCUAAUGGAGCUUGAGAAAGAUGGUUUUGAGCCUGGGGUGGCUACUUACUCUGUUUUGGUGGAUUGGAUGGGUAAAAUGCAGCUAAUUGAUGAAGCUGAACAACUCUUGGAUAAGAUUGCUGAGCAGGGUGAGGCUCCUCCAUUUAAGGUUCAUAUUAGUCUAUGUGACAUGUAUGCAAGAGCUAAUGCUGAGAAAAAGGCUCUUCAAGCUCUUGGAGUUUUGGAGGCCAAAAAGGAGCAGUUGGGACCAGAAGAAUUCGAGAGGAUUAUACAGUCACUUAUAGCUGGUGGAUUUGUACAAGAUGCUCAAAAGUUCCAAGGAUUGAUGGAAGCUCGGGGAUUUACAGUAUCCGAGCAACUUAAAGUAACGCUCCAGGCAUCUCGAACUUUUCUCCGCAGGAGACCAUCUGUAAGAUAAUGUUGGUCAUUUGCAUUUAGAAGGCAAGUUAGUGCUAUCUUGACAUUUGGCUCUUGAAAGUGUGUUUUAAUGAUUUGAAGCCUAUAAGAGUUAAUUUCCUCCAUGUGAUCCAGGAACCACCAUGAGAUUUUCUCCUUAAACUUAAAGCAGCAAGGGGAUUACUGUUCUAGAACAUUUGCAGCCAUGCCUUUCUGCCUGUCUUUGACAGAAUAGUUAAUAAGUUUUUGACGUCUUAUAAAUAUCUCCUCCAUUAUCAGGUCCAUUAAUUGUCGUCGUUGUGAUGUUGCAGCUCUUUCAUUUCUUAAUGUUUUUUUUUCAUAGCCUUAUUACUCGGGACUGUUGAAUUGCUCUUGGAAAUCAACAUUAAAAGGACUGUGGUAAAGUGAUUUUCUCAUCCA